AUGGCAUCCACCAUUGAAAUUGUGGUAAGGAGUCAUUGUUUAGACUUUCUUCUGGUCAAAGGAGAGGAUGGCAUAGGGUCAACCAGUAGUAGAAAUUUUAUACACACUGUAGAGGUAGACGCAUCAGAAGUUUUAGUAGUAGAAGCUGAACCUGAGGUUGGAAUAAGACUUGGUUCAACAGCUGGUUUAACGGGGUUGAAAAAUGGAUUAUCAUCCAAGAUUACCGCUUCAUAUCUUGAAGAAAUUUCAUUUAAAACCGAUAAAAAGACAGAGAGAUUGCUCAAACAAUGA